CUUACAGUUUCAUCGAAUUCGAUAAUUACAUUCAAAAGACUAAGAAGAAUAUAAUGGAUGCCAGAGCGCGAAGAAAUCUCAACCAAUUGAAUAGCGAAUUACAAGACGUCCAGAAGAUUAUGGUGCAGAACAUCGACGAUGUCUUACAGAGAGGUCUCGCCAUUUCCGAAUUGGAUAACAAAGCGAGUAAUCUAUCGCUUCUGUCGCAGAAGUAUAAAAAGGACGCCCGAUAUCUGAACAUAAGGGCCACGUAUGCCAAAGCAGCGGCCGGUGCGGUCAUCCUUUUCGUAUUUAUUCUCUAUUUUUGGGUCCUAUAAGCCAUUCAUUAGUAGUUGUCUUCAAAAUUAUCACUAUUUUUCUUAUUUUUAUCGAAACCCCGGAUUAGAUUACAAUUUAUAAUAAGUUUUUUAUUUUAUAAAUUAAAUAUUAAUUAUUGA